AUGGCAUUGAGUGUUAGUUCUUCUUCUUCGAUCUCUGCUUCUGGGCUUUCACGUUGUAGUCAAGAACUCAAAGCACCCCAAUUUGGUUCUUUUAAGCUGUUAGAUCGGCCGACAACCUUUGUUAAUGUUUCUUCACAAAGACGUUGUGCUGUAAAGCCAGUAAAUGCUGAGCCUAGAAGGAAUGAUUCUAUUGUUCCUCUUGCUACAACUAUUGCUGCUCCAGAGGUUGCAGAGAAAGUAGAGGUGGAGGAAGAUUUUGAGAAUUUGGCUAAGGAUCUUGCAAAUGGUUCUCCUUUGGAAAUUAUGGACAAGGCACUUGAGAAAUUUGGGGAUGAUAUUGCUAUUGCUUUCAGUGGUGCUGAAGAUGUUGCUUUGAUUGAGUAUGCUAAGUUGACCGGGCGACCAUUCAGGGUGUUCAGCCUGGACACUGGGAGGUUGAAUCCAGAAACCUACCAGUUCUUUGACCAAGUUGAGAAGCACUAUGGCAUUCGGAUUGAGUACAUGUUUCCGGAUGCUGUUGAAGUUCAAGCAUUGGUAAGAAACAAGGGUCUAUUUUCUUUCUAUGAGGAUGGGCACCAGGAGUGCUGCCGCAUCAGGAAGGUGAGACCCCUGAGGAGGGCUCUCAAGGGGCUUCGUGCCUGGAUCACUGGCCAAAGAAAGGAUCAAUCUCCAGGAACUAGGUCUGAAAUUCCAGUUGUACAGGUGGACCCAGUUUUUGAGGGAUUGGAUGGCGGGGCUGGAAGCCUGAUCAAGUGGAAUCCAUUGGCAAACGUUGACGGACAAGAUGUGUGGAAGUUCCUUCGAACCAUGGAUGUGCCUGUGAACUUUUUGCAUUCACAGGGAUACAUCUCUAUUGGUUGUGAGCCUUGCACAAGGCCAGUUCUUCCUGGCCAACAUGAGCGAGAAGGAAGGUGGUGGUGGGAGGAUGCCAAAGCUAAGGAAUGUGGUCUUCAUAAAGGAAAUCUGAAACAGGAUAAUGCAGCCCAACUUAAUGGCAAUGGAAACGGGUCUGCCCGGCCAAAUGGGACUGCCACAGUAGCUGAUAUUUUCAACUCUGAGAAUUUGGUUAACUUGAGCAGGCCUGGAAUUGAGAACUUGUUGAGAUUGGAGAACCGAAAGGAACCAUGGCUUGUGGUGCUCUAUGCUCCAUGGUGCCAAUUUUGCCAGGGUAUGGAAGCAUCCUAUGUUGAAUUGGCUGAUAAGUUAGCAGGGAGUGGAGUGAAAGUGGGAAAAUUCAGGGCAGACGGUGAUCAGAAGGAAUUCUCAAAGCAAGAAUUGCAGCUAGGAAGCUUUCCUACAAUCCUUUUCUUCCCUAAACACUCAUCUCGACCUAUCAAGUACCCCUCCGAGAAGAGGGAUGUAGAUUCGUUGAUGACUUUCGUGAAUGCUCUGCGGUAA